AUGGAUUGAAUGAAAAACCAGCUAUUAUAGCUUCUGGCAACACUCAUAAUUUUUUGUUGCAGAAAGUCAUAGCCUCACUGUUGAGUCAUGGGGUUGACAUUGCUCACAGCCUCUGCACACCUGAUGAACAGGGCUGUUCUGCUCUUCAUUAUGCUGUUUUGUACAAUGAUCUUGCAAUGGUGAAGAUACUUCUCAUGCAUGCAGAUAAAAGGUGCUUAAACAUGGAGAGUCAUGAUCGAUAUCGAUCCACUGCUCUGCAGCUUCUCUGUAGAAACUGCUCAGCUAUAGACCUGGAGCAAAAUUUAUCUGUUCAAGAAGAAAUAUUGGCGAGCCUUCUAGAUGCUGGAGCAAAUCCCAACUUGCCUGAAAAUAUCCCGCCCUUAUUGUGCGCCUUGCAGAACCGCUGGUGGCGAGGAGCUGAGCUAAUGCUGGACGCAGGGCCGGACACCACAGCCACGGAUGUUGGGCACAAUGCGGGUCUAGCCACAUUCUAUGCUCGGGAUAAUGUCGAAAUACUGAGGAAACUUUUCAGUAGAGGAUAUUGCUGUCGUGACCUUGAUGUUUGGAUAGCUAAUGGAAGUCUAACAGAGGCCAGGUUGAAGACCAUAUUGCCGUACAUAUUGUCUCACCCUUGUAAUGAUUAUUAUAUACAGGAAGUUGUGGUUGCUGCUGCCUCGGCAUCGUACCACGAGAGCGCUCUGUACAUUCUGGAGCAUUACGUGUUUGACUAUUCAAUCGUGAUUGGGUUCACAAUCCGCGCGAUAUUAAAACUUGAUAAUGGAAUCAACUGGGCAGACAAGAACAAGUACAUAACUGCCUUGACAAAGAACAUCUUCAUGAGCAAAUUGAACAAGAACGACCUGCUGAUUAUGCUUUUCCUGAUAUGUUCCAGGUCGUGCCCGCUAUAUGAUGAAGAGUGUUGCGGCUUGUGCGACGUCAAUGUCGAACAAAUCUGGAUCAAUCUAGAAAAUUUAAUAACACUAGCCGAGCACAAUGGUCUACCCAUCGAAAAGUGGGAUGCAACUUGCGAACUGACCAGAGAACUGACCAGAGAACUGACCAGAGAACUGACCAGUUUCGAUGAACUGACCAGAGAACUGACCAGUUUCGAUGAAGUGUGGGCAGAGUGGAAGGGCCCGAAAAUAGAUCGUAACGUCCUCAACCUUGUGCUGCUCAAGACAACUUUAUGUUCGGUUCCCCUCGUCUUGAAGCUCCUGCCACUGAUGAAACAGAAAGGUUUCCGGCUGACAGUGUCAUCUGCGGUAGCAUUCUUAUCUAAUCCAUGCAUACGUCGCCUAAGUCUUCAAAAAAUUGAAGUUGAUAUCCAAGCUAUUGUGCACUCGCCGGAGUCACCGUAUCGAAUUCUGUUAUCAGAGCUGACCAGGAACUGCUGUGAAGAGGGGCAGUGCUGGUUCAGGUCGCCCUUGAUGACGGAAUUGUGUAGGCGUGGCCUUAAAGCAGGACAUCAUUUCCUUGUGCUUUUGCUGCUCCAUCUCGGCGUGCACGAAUUAUUCCUGAACGAGACAGAAAUUACAUGGGCGCCUACUGAAAGUAGGCGGCUCAUGAUCUCCAUUGUUCACCGUUAUGCUCCGAGGUGGAAGCUUCGUACUCCUACGCCUUCUGGGUCUCGUUGCGAUGACGAAGUGAGGCCGCUGGAAAAUCUCUAUAGUCCAGAAGACGUAGUGGCACGUUUAAAUCAAACGGCGCCGCUGCGGUCGCUGAAGGAGCUGUGUCGCCUCUCCAUCCGCGCCUCCCUCGACUCGGCCACUGCAGGAUUGAAGAGAAGACGGAAGGCUUGCGAGACGUGUUGCCAGCUCCUCUUAGAGAAUACCUUUACUUCCGCCACGACUUCCUCAUCUUCCCGAGGAUUACUGAUCUUCCCGAGGAAUAUGAGGAACCUGAGCAAAUAUGAGUAA